UCACCACUGCAACAGCUCCACAGAGGCACAGGAAGCGAGGAGGAUCCUAAAACAUCAAAAAAAUCCAUGCUAAGUCUGGGAAGGAGAAGACAGACAUUAACAGGUGGAGAGGGAAGGGAGCAAAAAGAGCGCAGAGAGAGCAAGAGAGAGAGAGAGAGAGAGAGAGAGAGGAAGGAGCAAAGAGGGGAGGAGGUGUAGGAGGAGACUUGCUUCAGAAGGGAAAAGGAGCCGGAGAGCAAUUCCAAAACAGCUGUCCGGCAGACGUCCCAGUCGACAGGAGUGCAGCCCCGAGGCAGAGACAGGAGGCAGGGCAGUGUCAACAUGCCACAAGAGCAGCUCAGCAGCCACUGAACACAGACACUGACAUAUAGACAAUCAUCGAACCUGAGGCUGCAGUCGUCAGGAGACACCAGUCGUACCUGUGAAGGAUCAGGAUCUUCUCAUGUGAAUAUCUGAGGACAGAAGCCAUUCGAGGUCUUGGUUUCCUGAUUGAUGCUGCGAUUAUUUUUGGAGUCCUGAAAGACCAGCUGAGAAUGUAACUGGAGCUUCUCCUCUGGGGGAACUCUAACAUCCAGAGCUUUUACAGCGUUUCCGACUUUCUGAUCCGAGAUCUUCUGCAGCUGCAGCCAUGCCAGCCAAGGCACCCAUUUACCUGAAACCCACCAACAGCAAGAAGGGGAAGAAAUGCCGCCUGAGAGAUAUGCUAUCCCCUGAUAUGAUCAGCCCACCACUUGGAGACUUCCGCCACACUAUCCACAUCGGCAGAGGCGGGGAGAGGGAUGCUUUUGGAGAUAUGUCCUUCCUGCAAGGGAAUUAUGAACUUUUACCAGGGAAGGGAGACGUCCACGCUCAGUACGGCGUCCAAAGUGAGUUCAUGAGAGCCAACAGCACUGGAGAUGCUUCCUUUGCUGAAACCCCAUCUCCGGUUCUCAAGAACGCCAUCUCUCUUCCAACUAUCGGAGGCUGCCAAGCACUUACACUCCCCAUGAUCUCCUCCGCAGUGUUCACAAUGCCUCCUGAGCCGCUGGAGGACAUCAUCAGGCCUACAGCACCCAUGAAAUCCGACAGCACGGAGGAGGUAGAGAUCCUGCAGAUGGAGGCUCUUCUGCGCUCCAUGGACGUCUUCAGCAGCGAGCCGUCCUCUCCCUCUCCAGAUAUCCAGUCCAAGCCCGAUGUGCUCCUGGAUCUGCUGGAGAACAGGGAUAAAUCCACCUCAAAAGCAGUGGCGAAAGCUAACAAAAUAAACAAGAGUGAAACAAGGUUUGAGAAGCCGUCAUCCUACUACAUCAACAAUCACAGCAAUGGCUCCUUCAAGGCUAACGGCAGCCUGACCAGCAACACCAGCAGCGACAGCUUUGACAGCUUUAACGGCAAAGAUUUCCAAAACGACAAUGGCAACUGCAACGGUUACGAACGCUUUAACAAUGACAUGAGCGAUGGAUUCAAGCAGGGGCUGUCCAAGUACAACGGAGAAUGGGUGGACAGGGACAGUGGGGUGGAGGAGGGCCGCAUCUGUGAUUACGAGUUUGAGUUUUCCAAAGAAAAGAGCACGUCGCAGGAGUCCCUCGCCCAAAUCACAGGGUCCCUCCUCUCCCUUGAACUCGAUCUGGGCCCGUCCAUUCUGGAUGAUGUGCUCAACAUAAUGGAUAAACCCGCAGUGAAGAGCAGGCCUUGAGCUGCAGUGAGAGCCCCAAGAGGAGAAAGGGAAUUAUAAAACUAAAGCCAUGAGAGGAGAGAGACUCAAAAGCAAUCAAAAUGGUGUCUGGAUAUAUCAUUGAGAUGAAAAUGAGCUGCAAUAGACAGAGCUGCUUAUGUUUUUUACUGUAACUAUACAAGCCUCUAUGGAGUGUUCAUUCUUCUCUUUUCGCCGCAUGUUUAAGAUGCAUGUACCUUUGAGUUACAGCUUAAACACAGCCAUCGUGCCUUUGACUGUAGAAAUGAUAGAUUUGUGUUCUAACGUUGACUUCCACCAAAUAUUCACGACAUGUUUGAGGUCCUUUGCUUUUUCUUUUUUUACACAGUCUUGAACAUUUUGUGAGUAUAAGUGUGUUUAACAGCGUUAUUUUGUUUGUCACAUCAUUCAUUUGCCAACAAGAGAACACUAUGCAUAUUGUUUUAAGAAUUGCAACACAAAUAAAUUCAUUUAUGUCCUA